GUCAUCGAAGGAAAAACAUGGCGGCGCACAUCACCAGAGCCGUGAGGCGACUUGCCCCUCAGGAUGGCGGUCGGCUCCUGUCCGCCGCCUGGCGGGCGCACGCCGAAGCGCGCCGUUCUCUCCGUCACCUGGCGGGCCCCUCGCCGCGCUACACCCCCCGCAGGGCGGUGCUCUACUGCCCCGGCAACGACGAGCGAAAGUUGAGGAAGCUGGCGUCGCUGGACGUCGACUGCGCCGUCCUGGACUGCGAGGACGGCGUGGCCCUCGGCAAAAAGACUGAAGCCAGGGAGACAAUUUCCAGGAUGCUGGCGGAGCUGGACCUGGGCCGGACGGAGAAGUGCGUGAGGGUGAACUCUGUGUCCAGCGGGUUAGCCGAGGCUGACCUGCAGGUCAUCCUGCAGGCUGAGGUUCUGCCUCCUGCCAUCAUGCUGCCCAAAGUGGAGGACACGCAGGAAGUGCAGUGGUUUGUUGGCAGGUUUCAGCACAACUUGAAAGGACGGCUACUGACGGAGCCCAUUCGCCUGGUCACCUUCGUGGAAACCGCUGUGGGCCUGCUCAAUUUUCAGGCGGUGUGUGAGGAAAUCCGUCGGCUCGCUCCGGAGGCCGGUCUCCAGCAUGACGGCGUGGUGUUCGGCUCUGAUGACUUCUGCGCGAGCAUAGGUGCCACACGGACUGAAGAUGCCAGGGAGCUCCUCUACGCGAGGCAGAAGGUGGUGGUCACCACCAAAGCGUUCGGUCUGCAGGCCAUCGACCUGGUCCACAUCGACUACAAAGACGUGGAGGGGCUGAGGCGACAGGCCAGAGAGGGGGCUCUCAUGGGCUUUACAGGUAAGCAGGUCAUCCACCCAGGGCAGAUCCAGGCUGUGCAGGAGGAGUUCUCCCCCAGUCAAGAGAGGGUCCAGUGGGCCAAAGAGCUCAUCGUUGCUUUUGACCAGCACCAAGAGGAGGGAAAGGGCGCGUUCACCUUCCGUGGCAGCAUGAUCGACAUGCCGUCGGUGAAGCAGGCCCGUAACCUCCUCGUGCUGUCCACCGCGGUGCCGGAGGAACCACGCAGCUGACCGGUGGGAGGAAGCUGCAUCCCGCCGGAUGGGGAGAGAGAGGCGUUCGACACUGCAAACGAAGUGGUUAACAAUCGGGGAAUAUGUUUUGACUGCGAUGGCUGUGAAGUUUUUUAGUUUCAAACUUUGUUUUUCAUCAAAUCUGCAUGUGCAGUCGCAGCAGCCUCUCAAAUGUCAGCUCAGCUGUGCCAUCAUGUCAUCCUCCACUGUGUGUGUGUGUGUGUGUGUGUGUGUGUGUGUGUGUGUGUGUGUGUGUGUGUGUGUGUGUGUGUGUGUGUGUGUGUGUGUGUGUGUGUGUGUGUGUGUGUGUGUGUGUGUGUGUGUGUGUGUGUGUGUGUGUGUGCGCCAUCAUGUCAUCCUCCACUGUGUGUGUGCCUCCCAUCUCUCCAAGGUCCUGAUGAAUGCUCUACCAUCUCCACGGUCGCGGCAAAAGGGUAAACAAACACAACAAGCCACUGUUGUGGAUCUAUUCAUUGGGCCCCCAGUCACGCCUCAGCCCCCCACCCCCCUCUCCCGGGCCUGACUCGCAGACACAUCAAAGUCUUAUCAAAACAAACAAACAAAAAAAGUACCAGAUGGAGUGCGUAAACUCAGGAUUGAGCUUGUUUUCUUCUUUUUGUUGUGUGCGUCUCGGCCUCCUGAGUAAAGGCAUGCAGCUCGCCCUGUGGCCCCUGUGGCCCCUGUGAGCCGCGGUCUCCAUGGAGAAGGCGCGUGGCGUCGGACACACCACGACCUGUGCGGAAAGUAAACUCUGCAUACACGCUGCCGGAGUCAGCGUGUAUACAGUGCAAAAAAAAGAGCCUCACCAGGUGAAUUUUAGUGGAGGCCAGUCUGAAUGGGACAACCUGAUCUCUCAUUCAGCGCAGAAGAGUUCAUCUCAUCGUUUCAGAGUCGUGGUUUUUCCUCCACCAUCAGCAUCUUCCUCUCCCGCAGUUCACUUUUAUGUAUAUAUAUAUAUAUAUAUAAAAAUAUAUAUAUUAUAUAUAUAUAUAUAUAUAUAUUAUACAAAUAAAACUCCUUGACGAGUUCAGGUGGUGACGUCAAAGAAAAAAGUACCACGGGUGCUUCGUGGAGCGCUUGUGCACGUUGUGACUUCCAGAGACAGUGAAGUGGGUGUGAUGUUGGAGUGAGACAGAUUAGUGGCCAUGUUGCUCCAGCAGACCGGGGCCCAGGCUUUGUCUCUCCCACUGUGGAUGGGAGGAUAAUUGGGGGGGUGUUGAAUGGUUAAUAGUGCCAUUGGUGACCAUGGUAAUGAAAAGGCACCGUGCCUCCCCUACCCCACCUCGUCACUCUCCCCCCCCCUCCCCCCCUCACCCACUCCAUCCCUCUCUCUAGUACUGUAUGAUCUAUUGUGUCUGGAGCAGGGCUGUGGUCUGUGCCAGGCCAGGCCAGGCCAGACAAGAAAAAGAUCGAAGCCACUCCUGCGCCCUCGCCAAAGAGCCCAACAGUAAUAUGUCUCGUUGGCAUUUGGCCAAAUAUUUCGCUCACCCCUGUUUUUUUUCUUCUUUUUCUUCUUCUCUCUGUCAGGAACUCACAUCCAGCUUGUUUCAUUUGUUUAUUUUGUUUUCGCCCCAAUCUACCAUCACGCCCUGAAGUUGGUGGACAAAAAACUGCCAUUAUGUGUGACUUUAAUUUCACAAAUCCACAGACAUUGUUUUGGGUCCGGAGGCUGAGGUCCGUGAGGCUCCGCAGAACUUCUGAAAUAGAAGUUGGUCGAGCCGCGUCUCAAACUCCAGUCGGCUUAAAUGGUGCAAUAUUUACUUGUGCAUGACAUAAUUUGUAGAUUGUUAGUGGCCUGUACUGAUUGCUUGAAUCAAGAUGCGUCUUGUUUUGGGAUUUCUAAAAGCACUCCCUUUACAUUGUUGAAACUUUCAUUGAUUCAUCGAGUCUCGUUGCAAUCUGAGCCAAAGUGGAAGCAGGGAGAGAGGCUCUUGAUUUGGAGCGAGUUGUAAAGUAAAUGACAACGUACAAAUAAAAAGACGUCUGGCGGUUUUGCCCUCAUUCCUCGUCAUGUUUCUACACCAAGCAUUGCCUCCAUCAUUGUGUCGGAAUUAAUAGACCGGUGUCUCACAUCGACGAGACGGAUCAUUUGAUGUCUUGUAAGAAGAUGUCCUUCCAGUGCACAC